CUACAAUUUUUCCCGUGUGUACGAAAAAGCCAUUCUUCUUUCUUUGUAUUCUUCUCCUUCUUUCUUCUUCACAGAUUAAAAAGAUCUCAAAGUAAACACCAAAACUAUGGAUUUCCAUUUAUCUCUCACUUCCAUUUCUCACAAUCUCAUUUUGGGUCGUCGGAAUUUCGUCAUUUACUUGCCAACAAUAUUGAUUUUCCGGCCAGUUUGUCAGUUUCCGGCCUAGUAUUUUCUCACUCAUCCAAUCAAAUAUUCCUGGAAAAGAGAGGGUGUUUGAAAUGGGUCAUUUUUCAUCCUUGUUCAAUGGACUGGCGCGGUCAUUUUCGAUCAAGAACGGGCGGAAUUCUGGGUAUUGUGGCGGAAGUGAAUCUGCAGAAUCAAUGGUGAAAGAAUCAAAGAAGAACGAGUUGAUAUUGCGGUCUUCGGGGACUGUUCAUGUCAAUGGGUCGAACAAUUUUGCAUCUGUUUUCUCCAAAAGAGGAGAGAAAGGAGUGAACCAAGAUUGCUUUAUUGUGUGGGAGGAAUUUGGAGGCCAAGAUGACAUUAUGUUUUGUGGGAUUUUCGAUGGGCAUGGUCAAUGGGGACAUUAUGUGGCAAAGAGGGUUAGAGAAACAAUGCCCUCGGUUUUGCUGUGCAAUUGGCAAGAGACGCUUACUGAAGCUUCGCUCAACCCGGAUUUGGAUUUUGAUUUGGAAUCGGAUAAGAAGCUUCAUACAUUUAAUAUAUGGAAGCAUUCCUACGUAAAGACUUGUGCCACUGUUGAUCAAGAUCUAAUGCAGCUUCGCAAAAUUGAUUCGUUCUACAGUGGGACCACUGCUCUCACAAUUGUUAGGCAGGGUGAACUUUUGGUUGUGGCAAAUGUCGGUGACUCCCGUGCUGUAUUGGCCAGCAUGUCUGAUGAUGGCAGCUUGGUUCCAGUUCAACUUACUGUCGACUUCAAGCCCAAUCUACCUCAGGAAGCAGAACGGAUAAUUCAGUGCAACGGGCGAGUCUUCUGUUUAGAAGACGAGCCAGGGGUGCAUCGGGUUUGGCUACCAGACGUGGAAUCACCUGGAUUGGCAAUGUCGAGAGCCUUCGGCGACUACUUUGUCAAGGAAUUUGGACUCAUUUCUGUGCCUGAAGUCACACAAAGACAUAUAUCCAACCAAGACCAAUUUGUUGUGCUUGCAACAGAUGGGGUAUGGGAUGUUGUCUCCAAUCAAGAAGCAGUGCAAAUUGUAUAUUCAACUCCCGACAGGGCGAAGUCGGCGAAACGCCUGGUUGAGCAUGCCUCCCAAGCAUGGAAACGUAAGAGGCGAGGUUUUGUGGCGGACGAUAUUUCGGCUAUUUGUCUCUUUUUUCACUCUCCUCCUUUAUCUUCUGAGCAUAAUCACCACGUAAUAACUUAGCCAACACAGCAAUGAAAUAAAGGCCAAAAAAAGAAGAUCAAGGCAAUUACUUCUUCACGUCUAUGAUCUUUUCCUAAUAUUCUUCUUCUUUAUUUUUCUUUAUAUUGGUAGUGUUGGCAUAAUACACAUUACCUUAUCUGAAAAAAAAAUGUUCAUGGGAA